AUGCGUUUACCGCUCUGCGUCUUCUUUGGAUUGCUGAUCCCGAUCUCCUUCUUCAUAUAUGGCUGGACUUCCUACAACCGUGCACUUCGGCAAAAUCGGAUACGCCUCCUCACUACGAAAUGUACCGAUGGGACCAUUGAGAUAGGGAUCGAUCAGUACGCACUCACCGAAGACCUCGAAUACGAUGCAAUCUCGUAUGUCUGGGGAGGUGCUCCAGCCUCGGUUACGGUCAAAUGCAACGGCAAACCUCUCAUCGUGACACCCACCGCACUCGAGAUGUUACAUUACCUACAUCGAUAUCAGAGGAGUACAGCGAUUCGAAAAUUUUGGAUAGACGCAAUAUGCAUCAACCAAGAAGAUCCGAAAGAGAAGAGCAUUCAGGUACCAUUGAUGCACAAUAUCUAUUCUCGAGCGGCAGCUGUAAUCGUAUGGAUGAGUCCUGCGACCCCAGAAACUGACGUCUUCUUCGCGGAAUUCCAGGAAGUGAGGGAGAAAUCAAGGCCUUGGAUAACGCGUUAUAUUGCGGAUCCUGACUGUCGUGCCCCAAUCAAGGAAGAGCUCCCUUGCCAUGCAAAGGCAUUUUGGAGAGGAUUGGAUCGGCUCCUCGAUAAUGAGUGGUUCAGGCGUCUAUGGACAUACCAGGAGAUCAUCCUUCCCAAAACCGCAACACUACUCUGCGGUGAUUUCUGGAUGGACUUCGAUGGUUUCGUAGAGUUUCUCAUGGAUGGAUGGUACAACACCGACUUGAUCAUAAACGAAUCAGGUGAACGAGAUACACGCAGUAUCAGCGCAGCCCGUACCUGUUAUGCCAUCCAAUUUUAUCGAAACUUUAAUAACAGGAACGAGCGCGUCGACGGAAUGAAAGUCAGGGAUGUUGUGACCGAAUUGUAUAGCUUACGUCCUCGACAUGUGAAGGAGCCUGUCGAUCGUGUUUGGGCGAUAGUAGGACUUUUGGAAAAUGAUUUUCGAGACAAGAUAACCUCAGCAGUUGACUACAGUACUCAAGGUCGGAAUAGAUAUUGGAAGACGUGGAUCAUGUUUGCCAAAGCUCUGAUGGACGAACCUGGUGGGAUCGAACUGUUGCAAAUCCCGCCUACUCUGGAAUCUAGACUUCCAUACUUGCCAUCAUGGUGCCCGAACCUCUCUGGAAAAUCAUCUUGUCGCAGGAAUUUGCAUGGGCAGUGGAAUUUGUCUGUAGCCAAGCAACUGUCCACCCUUCGUUGGGCUUUGUUCGAAGAGAGUAGUGAAGAAAAGAGCCAAGAAAGAGGAAGAGCAAUUGAGCAACACGACAAAAUAUCCAUAAAUACUGUAGGACAUGAUGACAUGCUUCGUGUCCGUGGUUUUGUGGUGGACACCGUUGAAGAGGUCGUUAAUCAUGAGAAUUGUCUUGAUAUCAUGGAAUACGAUCAGUAUGACCCAGAUUCGAAAGAGAAUAUGACCCUUCAUGCUACCGCUGUCGAUUACCACAUGGAAAGUUUAGACCUAACUCGCCGUGUCUUCUAUGGAAAAAGCGAAGGCGUUACUGAUAUACCAGAUGACUUCAUUAUGGCCUUCGUCUUGGAUUGCCGAAUCACUGAGGAAGCAAAGAACGUAUACCGUGAAACGUUGCCUAUGUUCACAACUUGGUACUCUGCGCGGUGGGGAGAUCCUCCUAAGAAGCAGGUUUAUUGGCAUAUGCUUUUGAUGUUCAUGCGCGGGCAUUCCUUCUUCAACACAAAAGGAGGUCGCAUUGGAUACGCGCAUUCGGGAUGCCAACCAGGAGACCAAGUCGCCGCAUUCUACGGCGGAGAGGUACUGUACAUGAUUCGGCAGCUAGACAUUACGAGCCACAAUGACAAUUUCAGUGGACAAGCAUCCGACCACGUACAGUAUUGUGGCGCCGCAUUUAUCCCUCAUCUCAUGGAACAACAUCAAAGGGAUGCUGCCAACAUCGGACCUGAUACUACGUUCUUCAUCCACUGA